AUGAAAAAUGGAUAAGUAGGUCCAAUCUCAGAAUAAUUAAAAUCUAAAUACAAAGAGUUUUAACAUUAUUCUUUUAUGUAGUGUUUAGGAUCAAAUUUUGAACUUACUCUUUUAAUUUCCAUACUUGAUUGUCUAUUAUUUAAUAAUAAUGAACAAUUAAUUUAAAAAUUAGUCAAUCCAAACUAACCAUAUUCAAAAUCAUCAUAAAUAAUUGCUAAUAAAAUUUACAAUUACAUUUUGAAAGAAAGAAAUUUAUCAUAAUUCUAUGAAUAGAUUUAUAUUGAUGAUCCUUAAUUUAUCAAAACCAAAGAAUUUCUACAUGAAUAUUGCAAUAUUUAUUAAAUAUCAAUCGAUUAUAAUUCUUAAAAUUAACUAAAUAAAUUGAGUGACCAUUUUUUAAUUUCUUUUUAGUUUUUUGGAGAAAUCGAUAUGAAAAUUUCAAAUAAAAAAUAGUUUAUUUUUAUUUAUAAGGAAAAAAACCAAUAUUAUUACAUUAAGCAAUAUUUUGAUAAUCGAAAUAAACAAAUUUAACUAAAAACUUGCUCUAAAUGCAAAAAACUUAAAUAAAUUAAUUUUAUAAAUCAGAAAUCUAAAAAUUACAUUUGUAACAAAUGCAAUUUAUAAAAUAAUCAAUAAAUAUCAUAAUAAAAUUCCUCAACAAAUAUAAACAGAUUGAGAGAAAAUUAAUUUCAACAAUAAAAGAAUAAAUAAAUUACUAAUACAGAUAUAUUAAUUAAAAAGCGAAAGGUGGAAAAUGAUAUAGAACAGCAAUAAUAUUAAGAUAAUUCAAAUUAAAAAUUAUUAAUUUGUAUGAAAUGUAAAGAUAAAUCACAAACUCAAAUAUUUACUAAUAAGUAAUGUAAUCAUACUUUUUGUCUUAAAUGCUUAAAUUAAUUAAUAAAUGAUCUCGAUGUAAACUAUUCAUGCUUAGAAGUAAAUUGUGAAUAACCAAUCGACUCUCUCUCUUAUUUUAACUUUUAUGAAAAAUUUUAAAAUAAUGAUGGUUAAAUAUAAAAACAAGAAUUUUAAACUGAAUAUAUUAAAUGUGAUGGUUGUUCAAAAAGAGAAUUGAUAAAUUUAUCAUUUACAAAUUUGUGUUUCCAUACAUUUUGUAGGGAUUGCUCAAUCAAAUUUGCAAAACAUACAUCAACUAAUUUAAGUUGUCCAUAUUUAUAAUGUUAUUAAAAGAUAUCUUAUGAAUAAUUGAUUCAAUUUUUUAAAAUAGAAAAAAUUCUUUUUUAGUGCUCCAAAUGCAUAAAUAAACUAGAUAGAGAAAAUUUAUAUUUAAAUUUCAAUUGUUCUCACUUUUUGUGUUUUAAUUGUUCUUAUGAAUUAGUUAUGAAAAAUAACUAAAAUAAUUUAGAUCAUUCAUGUCCAGUUAAUAAUUGUUAUAAUUUAUUAGAUUCUUCUUAAUUCAACAAAUUUUUUGAGUAAAACUAAAAAAUUGCACUGUAAGAAUAAGAAAAGAAAGAAUAACUCUAAGAUUAAAUAUUAAAAUAAAAUAAAGAAUCUUAAUCUAAUAAGCAGUUAUAAGAAAAAGUUACAAAUAUAACCUAAAAAGAAAAUAUUUAAUAAGACUUAUAAAUUCUAAAUUAGAACAACAAUGAUGAAUAAAAAUUAGAAAUAUUUGACAACGAGGAAGAAAAUAAUGAAUAUACAUCCUAAGGUGAAUGCACUUUAUGUAAAAUUAAUUUUUCUGCCUACAAUCUUCGUUAAAAAUUAUAAUGUAAAUCUCACUAAAUUGGUGUUUGCUGUUCUUUAGAUAAUGUCAAUUGUCCUUAAUGUUAUAGACCCAAAAAUUCUAUUAAAUGUAAGAAUAAUAUUUUUAUAAAAGCAAAAUUAAAUUUAUUAAAAAUUAAACAAGACUUUGAUUUUUAUAAUUUUAAAAAUUCCAGUUUGAUGUGUGACAGAGUAUUAGAAUAUGACUAAUGA